UAGACUCAUUCACCUCUAGUUGAGGAACAACAAAGACGAGUCUGACCCUGUCAUGCUAAGAUAGUGAAGAAGGAAGGAUCGCCGAAGUCGUGAAGAAAGCGGUCGCUCGUCUGUCAAGCGUUCGCCGGCUGGUGUGUAGCGCGCGGCUGACAGUUCGCCGCGUAGCGCUCGUAGAUAAAGCCACGGCGAGCGCUCGCGCUCUCUCAGUCGCCAACAUCAACAGGCGCAGGAGCCUGAGCCUACACCACAGGGCUCCAUCCUCACAACACCGCCAUCGUCGUCACCGCUGCUGCUCCUCCUCUCUCAUCUCUCGUCGGUAACCAUGGACCACUUGCAGCGCCCCUCGCCCCUCCCGGCUUCCUCCGAUGCCAGAGUGGUGUUUCCGCACUGGCUCACCUGACACGCAAAGGCUUUUGUGCGGCGAGCGGCGGAGGCCUUGGGCGAGAGGUACCCGGUACCCGGUGUAUCUCGUGACGAUAUCUCCCGCCACGCACCGCGCCGUCACGACAAUCAGAGCGAGGCUGCCGGCGCGGGAACGAAGUGUUGUCCCUGGUUCGCCUCUCAUCUCAGCCUCCUGUCCUUCCUCCUUUCCUGAAUGGAAUGCCUCCGAGGAUUUUCUGCUUUCUUUCUUUCACAACGGUUCAAGACUGCAUCGCCCUUCUGUACGUGAGGAAACACACAGCGGCUUCUGAUUCGAUGAAGGAAGUGACGUGGUGGAUGACGUCAGAGACACAGUCAGCUGAUCUGUAAACAAAACCUCUCGUGGUGGUGGAGUCGUACUGGGGUCUCAGUGGGGUUGUGAUAUCUCCGACUUCUUGUUGGAGACGACCUCUGUAACCGAGGAUUCUGUCAGUCGAGGGCGAGAGAUCAGUGGGGACGGACGACAUUCGAAAUCUGAUGAAAGGAAACAUCGACUCGUCGACGAUACGACGAUGACAACUUCUUGAUACCCGGCACAGAAUCCAGCUAUUAUUUUGUUAAAGCUGUUUCUUCCCUCAUUUUGUUCACAAUAAGGAUGCCUGACAUCACGAAGGAAGAGCAUUGCAUGGGGGAUUUGCAUGGCAGCCAUCAUUACAACGUUAACGGCGUCUGACGAGGAUAUAAAACUAUUUCCACAUGGCCAGCUGUGAGCUGCUGUCCAUAUUCCUCUUUAUAACAACUGCCACCUGCUAGUCCACAAUAUUCGCCCAUCGCCCGCUGCUCUCAAGUAAUGCCGUUCGCCGUCACGUGACGAUUACGUGAAGCAAACUGCUCCAUUACGUUGCUAUUGGCUGGGUCCUGCGAUGGUUCCAGAGCACCUCAUGGCCCGCGGCUGUGAGCGAUGCUAGUGGCUGGAGAUGCUGACCCAUGAUGGCAGUGUGGUGCUGUGGUGCCGUCAACAACGAGGUCCAGACACACCUGUGCAAGUCUGACUCACCUGGUACGAUACAGUCUUUCUGUUCCUGCCACCCAGUGACCAUCAUUCUCAAAAACCCUCAAGUCUUCACAAAAUUUGUGUUUCCAAGGCAACGUAGUUCAUUUGCUUUAUUAUAAUAGAGAGAUCCAUUUUAAUUGGUUGUUUUCUGUCUGAUUUUGUGUGGCUUUUCGAAAAUCAGCAAAAGAGUUUGAAUUAAGUAUCAGGAAUAUUUAACAGUUCUGAGCAGCGUUAGACGAAUGAUUGUAACACAUAAAUUUCAGUUUUAUUUUUUCGACAGACGAUAACAAUGAACUGAUGGUGCUUCAGGGUAAAGAACAUCAUUAGAGUUUAAACAUACAAAGUGUGUAUUCAGUGAAGUAUAUUCUACCGUGGUCCGUAGGCGAACACUCUAGGUCCUUGUAACCUCACCUGAUCAUCUCUGUCUUGUCGGAGACUACAAGUGUUUUGGGAGCUAGUCAUGCGGAAAUUUUAAAUUCUAUUUGCGCGCUGGAAUGUAAACGAAAGAUCAAUGACAUUAGACGUUAGCCGAGAACAGUGAAAAAAAUAAUUUGAAGAAUUUGCUCCCUUGAGGGAGACCUUUGGCCUCAUCUUUCUUGUGCCCACUGCCAUGGCAACCCUCAGGGAAGCGGCCACCUCGGAGCGGAUGCUCCACACUCAAGCCAAGUCUGCCAAGCGCGGCUUUCUCAAACGCCACAAGAACAAGAACAUGUCCGGCAACGGCUUUCCCAGCAUCCUGCCGGAGCAUCUCGAAGUGGACUACUCAUCUACCUCCACCAACUCGCAGUCGUUCGACUGCAAGCACCUGUCCCCGCAGACCGACAAAACCUACAACGAAAUGCUCCAGAGCCGGCUCACCGGAAGUCACUCGUCAUCCAACAUCCAUUCCAAGAACUCCAUCCAGUCCCGCGUUUACAACUUCCUGGAGCGUCCCACCGGCUGGAAAUGCUUCAUCUAUCAUUUUACAGUGUUCAUGAUGGUUCUUAUCUGUCUCAUCUUCAGCGUGCUGUCCACCAUAGACCAGUACACAAAGUUCGCCAUGGAGACCUUGUUUUGGAUGGAAAUCUUUCUCGUCUGCUUCUUCGGCGCGGAGUACGUCAUCCGCCUGUGGUCCGCCGGCUGCCGCAGCAAGUACAUGGGCAUCCGCGGCAGGUUCCGCUUCUCAAGAAAGCCAAUCUCCAUCAUAGAUCUCAUCGUCGUGGUGGCUUCCAUUGUCGUCUUUACUGUUGGUUCUGAGGGACAGGUCUUCGCCACCUCGGCUAUACGAGGCGUGCGCUUCCUGCAGAUUCUGCGCAUGCUCCACGUCGACCGACAGGGCGGCACGUGGCGCCUCCUGGGCUCCGUCAUUUACCUCCAUCGGCAGGAGCUGAUAACCACCUUGUACAUAGGAUUUCUUGGCCUUAUAUUUUCUUCAUAUUUCGUGUAUCUUGCUGAGCGAGGAGAAGAGGAGAGAGACGACUUCAAAAGCUAUGCAGAUGCUUUAUGGUGGGGUGUGAUUACUGUGAUGACGAUCGGCUACGGGGACAAGGUGCCCCAGACGUGGAUGGGCAAGAUCGUGGCGUCCUGCUUCGCUGUCUUCGCCAUUUCCUUUUUUGCACUUCCUGCGGGUAUCCUGGGAUCCGGGUUUGCUCUCAAAGUUCAACAGAAGCAGCGGCAAAAACACUUCAACAGACAGAUCCCUGCAGCGGCCACCCUGAUACAGUGCCUGUGGAGGUGUCACGCCGCGGCCCCGGGGUCAAAGUCGGAGGCAACGUGGAAGAUCCACGUGCACGACCCAGGGAGCGAGGAGACCAUGUUCGCCAAGAUGGCGAGACGAGCGAGCCUCACUCUUCGUAAGAGGAGGAUGUCCCGCCUCGACUCCUCCAGCACCGUGGCCAACCACAGCGUCUACCGCGAGAGUGUCUCCUCCAUCACCUACGCCGAUGAAAAACCAGGGCCAUUGACACCUCGAAUACUGAGGAGGGACAGUCAUCGGCCGAGUAUAUGCGGUGCCAACGAAAACAACUACAACGACGACACGGACAAUGACCUAGACGAUUCCAUGGAAAAAGUUGUCCAGCUGACAGAAGCCCACAAAACUGCCAUUCGUGUUAUACGGAAGAUCAAAUAUUUCGUCUCCAGAAGACGAUUUCAGCAAGCACGUAAACCUUACGAUGUUCGCGAUGUGAUCGAGCAGUAUUCUCAGGGCCACCUCAACAUGAUGGUCCGCAUCAAAGAGCUUCAGAGGAGACUGGACCAGACCCUCGGGAAGCCCAGUAAUCUGUAUUCCAGUCAGGCCCGAGACAGGGAGAAGAUGACUAUAGGAGCCCGGAUGGUUCGAGUAGAGAAUCAGGUAAACCGACUGGACCAGAAGAUGGACCAGAUGGUGUUCCUUCUCAACACUUUACUUAAGACCAAGCCGAAUCCAGAAACACAGGAAGAUGAGGUCUGACCUUCACCUUCGUACUUGCGAACUUGGACACGUGUACCUGCGUCACUGUCACACCUCGUCUACCCGAGACUGAGUUCUACGAGUUGACUUCAUGCGCACGUGCACACAUACACACACGCAUGCGCACACACACCCCUUGCUCGUAUGCACGUGCAAGUCGAAUGACCAGGUGGCUGGCAAGAUGCAUUCGAUCGGACAUGUAAUGGCCAAUGGAACCUUUGAUGACAGCAUUUAAACUGAUGUUUUCACGGGACGAACGGAUAAUACAACAGACAAUGCAGGGGUGGAGAUUUCGCUGAAAAAACUCCUUAAACUGUCGAAUCCUUGCUUGCAAAGUGAGAUGUUUUCUUGUGGGCUCAUGCCACUGAAAAAAAAAAUAAUAAUAACGACUUAACGACUUCCGGCGAGAACGGACGUGACGCAGGUGAAAGGGCAAAGUUCAAGCCAGUUUUUGACCUUACUUGCCACUUCUUCCACUCCUUUGCCUUUUCUACCUGCAGAAAAUAUAGAAUCGGCAUUCUUAAAAAAAAGGCAGGACCUUUAAGUUUAUGUUGCAAAAUACACGUGUUGCACUUCAGUCUCUGAGCGCAUCAUCAAAAUAAAAUGUUUUUCUACAAAGACGAGCUAUACUCGCCAUGUUGAGAGCUGCCUGCAGAUGCCGCACAGCUCUGUUCCUUCAAAAUGUGUUCACAUGUUACCAAAAGACUUUCUCCUCCCUGUUCUACCGAGCCCAUGACCAGGGAGAGCUUUCUGCCACACGUUGCACCAUAGGCUACGAUAAUCAAGUUCCUACCUGAAGGCUCUCCAUGUUGACAAUGGAUGGCACUGAUAUAUCAAAGUGACAAGACUGUUCUCUAUACUCUGAUGCUGUUUCUUGACUGAAUGACCUUUCGGUUUGUUUGCUUUUUCAAACUGAAAGGGACACGUGGUAUUUUAGCCUGAAAAACUGUUCUCGGUCGCCACUAUUUAUUCGCAGUGAUUUGUUUGACAAAUCACCUUUUUCUUCAUUUUCCCCUUUUUACUACACCGCGCUUUGUGUUCGUCUUUCUACAGACCUGGCACUGCAUUCAUCACCGAGGUUAUCACUGCGAAUCUCACAUUGUUUUAUUAUUUUUGAGGCAAACUGGUUGGAUAGGCUUUCUGGUCUGACCUUUUCCUUUUCAUUCGAACAUCAAAGCGCAUGAUCGCCUCUGCCAACUGUGUGUACAUGGACGGACUAAUGUUGAUAUGUGUGUUGGGUUUGAUAAACAAAAGGGACUUGGUUAGGAAGCGAGGUGAAACAUUGCCCCUGGGGCAACGUGGGGAAAAUAAGUCUUGUCCCAGAAGCUGUGAAAAGGUGUGCAGAUUCCACAAACAUUUUUAGUAUGUUUAUCCUAAGACAUAAGACAUGUUUGUCACUACUUUCGUAAGCUACCACUCCGGAAGUAAAGCUACCUUUGCUGUGUCUGGAUCCCACUUUAAAUACGGAGUUAAGACUUGUCCUGAGUUUCCCAAGGUACCCCAGGGCAACGACGUGCCCUCGCUUUAUAACCAUGAAAGUCAUGGCCCCAGAUCGAGUACAUGUUGAACCCAGUAUGUCUGCAAACUUAUGAAACUCGAGACCAAAACCAUAGUAGGACUUCUCAAGUCAGACUGUCUCUCAUCGUCUGAUGCCUCAGGGAGAUGCAUGAUAGAUGUGUGCCAGCGCCCUUUAGUCCACGUUUCUGUGUGUUUGUGUGUGUGUUUUCACGCAUGUAUAAACUUUAAAAAAGACCAUGACAUUUACACUCACGGCCAUGUUCUUCUAUGUUGCCUACCAUCUCACUCUUCCAUAUAAAAAUAUUUUAUCAAUAUGUCAUCAACCAUGAGAACAAAAGUGCAUGUCGAGGAGAAAGCUGAAUGUCGGGUGUUACCCAAGUUGCUUGCCUGUUGUCGUAUCAGCUUCGAUGAUCUGAACUGAUGCUUCUGUGUUUAAAGAUGAUGUGAACUGAUGCUUCUGUGUGUACAAUGGGCGCUGUUUCACGCAAAAGCCGCAGCUUUCCUGCAUUUCGAACCGCAUUACCCGCGUUUGUACUUCGCGAAUGCACACUUUGGCCUUGUCGCGUCUGGAUGUCACCGCUAAAUCUCGCCAUCGAAAAAAACAGACACGGUUACCACGACAACGACACAUCGCAAUAGAAAGGCACCGAUAGCCUCGCCUUUCUUGCGAUUGUCUUUGUUUUCCAACAGACAAUCAAGUGACACUUAUUGACUGUCUCCCUAUAGACUGCCAGUUACAGUAGGUGGUAGUGAUGCUGCAGAUACCUUCAGCUCUACUCAGGUAGAAAGAGAAUGUAGCUUGGCUUGCGAGUUCAAAUUUGCUUUCAUCUUCUUUCCUUCCCUCGCUUAAUUGAUGUUGCGUAGUUAUUUCUAAACAUCUGUUGAGGAAGCGUUACCUUGGAAUGAAAGCAUGACUGAAGACAGUUGGUGUCUCACAAUGAUGGACAUCCUUGCUAACGCAGUGCGCUUUGAAAAAAUUCCUGUCCAUCAACUAAAGCUGCCUUUGAUGGAUCUGAACACAGAAUUGGUUAAUGGAUGAAGACGUGUAAGGUAGACUGCUGCGGAACUAUGGGUUGGUGCCAAAGCUGUGCCUGUCUUCUGACACUGGACCAGGUUAGGCCAUUUGGAUAAUUCGAGCAUUACCUCUGCCCAGCCUUGGACCAAUCUUGCAUCCUUGACAGGAAUUCUCAUUAUGAGAGAGUCAGCUUCUGAAAUUUACUGCUCAUAAGAAUGAAAGGUUGAGACAGAGUUGGCCUCGGCAGGGUUUAGGGGUACAGGAGGUGAGAUUCUAGUCUACCUGGAGCAUCUAGCCUUCUCUUGCUAGACGGCUAUUGCAGCAAGUGAUUGGUCAGUAUGCUCAGUUCGGUUAGUCUUAUUGUUAUCAUUGCUGCUGCUGUCCUUUUUCUGCUACACGGGCUUUUUGUUAGCUUGUGGUCACUGACCAUAUAUAUAUAUAGGUCACUGAUAGUGAUCAUUUUUUAACCUGUCACGUUUACAUGAGUACCUAUCACUGUUUGCAGUGUCCUUCCCACUCAGUAUUUUCAAGUCUCGUUCAGAAUAUUGCCCUCCAGUGUGAUUUUCUUAUUCCACGUGCAACAAGUGUAUGUGUGGCCAGUACAAGGUUCAGUUUGAAUGACUGCAGGUCAUUGCAGCUCUGCUGCGUGCAAGUAUCAACUCGUUAGGUGUUUACAGGGAUAUGAAGUAAACAAACAGUUGUGUUCGGGGAUGCGUGAUUUCAAAAAGAAGCCAGUGGAACUCUUUGGAUGUCUGCCAUCCUAUCCGACUUCACCUCACUCGACAGUCCAAGUGACAACUUUCAUUCUUUCGAUUUUGUUUUCAAUGAAAGAAUUUCAUGGGCGAAAGCUUUUAUGUGCGACCACUUGACAAGCAACUUUUCUUGGCAUUAUAUCCUUGAAUGUUGUAAUUUCAUUGAAUCCUCACCAUAUUUCAGAUAAUGUUAAAUGCCACAUCUAUUGGGACUCAUACAUUCCUGAAAAAUCUGUCUUUAAAAGUCCCUUUCUAGUAGCAUGAAAUCCUUGACUUUAUCUAGUAUGAGAAUAAUGCUAGUCUCAUGGUCACUGCUUAACACACUUCAUCUGAGAUGACUUGAAAGUCUGUGAUAUGAAAUUUUGCAGCUGGAAAUGUCUGAUCACAUAAUGUUUCAUCAGAAGUCAUCAAUCUGAAAACAUGAUGACUAACUGCGGCACUGAAAGAACACUGAAAGGUUUGACUGUGAUGUGCUAAACCAUCUCCAUUUUUACUGUUUUUCUCACAUUUUUUAACGUUAUCAUACAGUGCCUAAUAUUCCACUGGAUGGACUGCUCUUCAUAAUCACCAAACUUCCUAUGUAGAUUUUCCAAAAGUACCCAUUAAUUUUUAGCUUCUACUAGCUUUGUUUUUCACUUUAGCAAAUCAUUGAAAGUUGCAAACUUGCCACACUCUCCGCCCAUAUUAUGAAAGUGACUGUCCUUUGCAACAUGAUACACUUAUCCUAGACAUGAGAACCCACACCAGGAUGCUGAGAGGUUCUAGGCAUCUACAGUGCUUAGAUCAUUUCAUAAAAAAAGUGUGGGAAAAAAUCAUUUAAAAGUUUCAUGCUUUUGUACUUCAAAUCUAACCAAGUGGAAUUUUUAUAUUUGCUAUUCUGGAUUUCAAAAAAAAAGGCAUGACAUCAAAAAAUGUUUGUAUUUCCACUGAUUUCAUUCAAUGUUGUUAAUAUUUAUAACAUUGACAAAUCAUUCCCUGUCAAUAUUUAUUCUUAUGGUGGAGGGAAAGUAAGAUCGUUAAAGAACACUCUGCUAGAGUCUACUAUAGUUAAUUGUGAUAUUGUUUAAAAAAAUGUAUGUACAGUAAAUAUUACAUUUUGCUGUCUGCUUAGAACACAUUCCUAAAAUGUGCAAAAUGUUUCUAACUUCUCAUGUUUCAUGAGCAAGAAGCAGUUCACAUGCUAAACAGAAUUAACUAAAGUGCUUGAAAGACUCACACAGGAGAGAGAAUAAAUUGGAUGUGUAGCAGACCAAAGUAAUUUUCCAUUUAUAUAUAUAUGAUCACUUAAAAUGCUCGCACAUUUUCUGUAUUCCCCACUACCAUAUGAAUGAAAGUGAAAAUUCCUUACAAUGAUGUGUUCCCAGGUUUUCGAGAUUCACUUGACCUGCAUUCACUAUUCCAAGUCUUAUUUGUAAUGGCGGAUACUUUAAAGCUCAGGUAAGGAGUCUCAAAGUCUAAUGACUGUUCAGGCUAUGAACACAAGUCGUUGACUGUGUCUAAAGCAUAGCAAGUGCCAGAGGGAGCUUAUCCUUGCCUGCCUUCUUUUACCUUUCCCGAUAAAUCUGGGGUGGACAUUUUUCUAGGUGGGCAGAGAGGAGGAUACAGCUACAGGCCAAGUGGGCCUUGAACCAGAAACCUGUUGCUCUAUGGUCAAGGACACAACCCCCCACAAUAUGGAAUCUCCCAAAAAUAUACAUUAGUCGACAUAAAUCUUAAUUAAAAUCACAAAAAAUUUGAAUUCCGGUCUCUUGGACAGCACUAAGUACAAACACUCUAAAAACUCUUGGGGAACAUUUCCAUUGUAAUAAUUGCCUUGCAAUCCCUUUCCUUGACUGAGUCUGACUUUACAAAACUUCACACAAAAUGGCUUUGAUGAUGUAAUGCAAUAAAACAUUUUGAGCAGAUGUUCAUGUGCCUGUUGAAUGAUGGUUUCUUAAGCUUGUUAAAACAUGUCCUUUUUUUAAAAGUUGCAGAUGCCAUUAAAAUUAUAGAUGUCACAUUCAUUUA